UUUUGUAUGGUCGUUGGUCCAGUAUUGGGUUAUUUCGAUCAGAUCGUGAAAUUCCGACGAGCUAAAUCUAGCAUGGGUUUCUCGUUGGAUACAAUAGGAGUUCUUCUAACUAGCAAGAUAGGCAAAGAAUUUGAUAAAACACUCUUUUAUCAAAGCAUUUUGAUGAUCGUUGUACAACUUUUCCUCCUUUAUGAAUGCUUGAGAUUUCGUUAUCCGAUUCCACCUACUCCUAAUAGACGAUUUUUGGGAUUGUUGACUUUUUUCCUAAUUGAUCAGCAAUGGUUGGUUGAAACAUUGGGAAUUUUAGCUCUUGGUACAGAAGCAACCUUGCCAAUUCCUCAAGCUUGGCAAAAUUUUCAAUUCAAAUCGGUUUCAGGUUUUAGUCCAUUAAUUCUUAUCACGUGGUUCGGUGGCGAUUCUUUUAAAACCUUUUAUUACAUCAGUACCGGUUCUCCGCUUCAAUUUAUUAUCUGUGGUAUUAUACAAUUGACAGUAGAUUCUAUCAUCGUGUUACAAUUCAUUAUUUAUGGUGGUGUUAAAAGUUUAAUUUGUUCGGAUACUCCACCACAGCCAAUUUAUAAUUCGCUGGACGAAGUUUAG